AUGCCUAGACUUGAUCUUGCGUUCCGGCAGGGACUGGCAGCCCGGGCUGUCGGGCGUACGGAUGAUGGGCAGAUGGCAGGCGUCAGCAGAAGCAAUGCCACGGCAGUCGUUCAGGCAGCGGCAUAUGGGCAACAAGGACCCACCAUCGCUGUACUAUCUUACCGGGACCGGCCAGAAGUUGCCCAGGCUGCCGUAGAAAACAUCGCAGCAGCCUUUCAGGACGAUCCCUCCACCACCUACUUUUGCCGCCCAGAACGGCGUGUGCAAUACUACCGCUCCAUCUUGUCUUGCCUGCUGGACUGGUACCCGGAGGACAAGCAGCUGGUUUGCACACUUCCCCCGGACGCCGCAGCCUUCGUGCACGUGUUCCCCCGGCUUCGUGAGCUGGACGCCUGGACCAAGCUGCGACGGGGGGCCCUUGUGCCGCUGGGCUGUGUACGGCUGGGCAGGCUGCUGACGGGUAUGGACGCAAGCAGCUUCUUCGAGGGGCAGAGGGAGGACUUCGUUAAGGUCCACGGUCCCUUCUUGUACGUGUCGGUCAUGGCGGUGCGACCCGACCGACAGGGCUGCGGACUGGGCUCCGCACUGCUGGCGUUCGUGUGCGACCGGGCUGAUGCGGCGGGGAUGUACUGCUACAUAGAGGCUACCUCGCUCCGGAACCGGGCGCUGUACGAACGGUUUGGCUUCAAGCUGAUUUUGGUGGGUGCGGUUUUGGUGGGCGAGUGGGAAGGAUCUCCCCGUGGCCCCGGUCUCCCCCGUGCCGGGUUGGGAUGGGUGUCCACCGGGGAGGGGAGGGGACGAAUUGCCUACAUAACUGAGUGGCGGUCCGAACCGAAUAUGCCGUACACGUACAUCCUUGCUCGUCCUCCAUCUCCACUAGAUUCCAGAGCCGUACCCGCCGACACCGUGCCGGAGGCAGCGGCGGCAGCAGUGGUGAUGACAAGGGCGGCGGAUGCGGCCGCGCACCUUGGGGGACCCGCCCCGACCUCCAACACGCGGGCCGCCGGGCGGCUGGCCGACGCGGGCAGGGACCUUGGCGGUCCGUCAACAGAGCCGCGGGCUCCACAAGUUGCACCGAGGCAGGCAGCAGCAACAUGCUUUCGAGGGCGACCUUUCCAUGUCUACUUCGCGGAGGCACACCGUUAUUCUGACCUCACCAUCGUAGUGCUGGAGGUUCUGCUGAUUCCCGCUGUGCAUUUGAGCCGCGCGCUGGCGCUGCGCGCCGGCUGUGCCUACCUGCGAGAACAGCCCGAGCGCGAGGUCCAGUCCUGUCCUCACCACCAGACUCAGCUCCGUCCAGCGCUCCACAUGGGGAUUUAUGAGCAAGCGGUCAUUCGCGAUUUUCCAUGCAGGUACAGCAUUUUUGGUCGUGCCCUUUACACGCUGCUGCAAAUGUACCCACUGCAAUUCUACUCCAUCUGGCCUUUGGAUAUUGCCGAGCCGCUUUUCAUGAGCUCCCUCCUGGUCUUCCUGCUCGCCGCGGCGACCUGGGUCAUAGCGGAGGCCUUAGCACUGCGUCCAGCACGCGACCCAGAUGAAGGGAGGGCUCGCGCAGCGCAGCGCAACCGCGCGGUGCUGCGGCACUGCCUGGUGGUCGGCGUGCGACUAGCCCUGUAUGCGGGCAACUUAUUGACUGUGCUGCAGCUCUGGUGGCGGUACGGCAGGCGUACGGGAGCCAUGCUACUGCCGCUGAGUUGUGGCAAGUACUACAUGGCUUGUAACCGCUUUCAAGCCUACCUUUUUAACCUUCUGCUGGAUGUGGCAAUGGUGAAGUUGCCCUUGGAGUUCCAAAUGCCACUGUGUCUUGUGGAAGCGGCGCUGGUCUGGGCCACCAUCAUCGCGACAGACCUGAUGACCCACGGGUCGGUUCAGCGGCCCUUCCAGACCGUGCUGCUGCUGAUCUGCUGUAUGCUGGUGAUUCCGACGUCGCUGCUGUACGUCAUAGAAGGGCCGAUGCGCCAAGCACACCAACGCUCUCAAGCCGUUGCGGCGGCGGCGGCGGCGCGAAGGCCGAUGCAGGAGGAGCCCGUGGAAAGCGAUUCCGUGCUGCUGCUUGCCGCGUCGGGCCCUAAGGCGACGGACAGCACAGAGACCAGCGGUCAAGGCUGUCGUGCCAACAGCAGCACCAGCCAUGCAUUCGAAAGCUAUGGCGAGAACGGCGAGGAGGCAGCAGUAGUUGUCCACACACUGCUAGCCAGCUCUGCGAUUAGCAAUCCCGCGGAGAGCGCCCAGAUCGAAGCCUCGUCCGGAGGCACCUUCUCCCCACAACAGGCGGCACCACGUCCCUACCGGUCAAGCCGCAGGCCCGUCCUGGACCUCCGCUUGCUGGACCCAACGCCGGCUGCAACAAGACGUGACACUAACCCAUGGGGCGGUAGCAGUACGGCAUAUGGUGACCGCAGAGGCAGCGGCGGCGGCUGCCACCCGCUGUAUACGUCUCGUCUUGGCUCCUUCGUCGUGAGUGUUAAAGUGAACAGUCAUCAUUUGGCUGGUGGCUUCCCGCAGGCGGCGGCCGCCCUGUCGGGUGCUACCCGCGACGCAUCACGAGCCGUCAACGGCGGCGGCGCCAUGUCGGCCGCGCUGCGGUCGCUUACGUGCCCCAGCGACAGCGGCGGCAUUGGCAACGGUAACGAUGCCGGGCCGGGGCCGGGCAGCUUGCACAGCAGCAGCCUUCUGCGUUCACUGGGCGGCGGCGUCGUUGUGCGGGGCUGCGUGCACCUGAUUCACGUGGUUCGCUUUCCCAGGGCUUCCAUCCCCACUGCCUCCACUUUCGCGCGGCGGCUACAGCUGCCUCUUCAAGAUGCCGACACGGAAGGUGGCGACUUGGAUUCGUCGUGUUGCAUGGAAGCCGUCGCCGCCAACAUCCUGGCACCAGUAGAGGGUCACAGCGCUGCUGCUGCUGCUGCUUCUGUUGCUGCUGCAACAGCGGCCGUAGCAAGACGCGACACCCUAGGUUGGGAAGCAAGCUCCGAACAGGACUCGAACCUGGACGAGGGGGAGGAGGGCCACUUUGAGGCUGUGACGGUGACCGCCGAUACCAUGAUGCCCACUGCGGCCGGCGCCGCCGAGGCGGCGGCGGCGACCGCUUCAGCGCAUAGCUCCCACAGGGUGAUUGACGGCGGCAGCGGUGGCGGCCGUGGCAGUAGCAGCGGCGGCGGCGGCGGCAGGCGUGGCUGCGUAUCGCACCUCAGUGAUGAUGGCGACGAUGCCAGUGAUGGCGGGGGAGGGCACUGGUCGCCGUUCAUAUCUUGCGAGGGGCAAAGUGAUACUUCCUCCGAGGAAGGACGCGGGGGCCGCGGCGACGCUGCGCUGCGGCGUAGCCCUGUUCCCACUGCCUGCGGGGGUCCGCGGCUGAUCCACCACUUGGGCAGCAGUGGUGGCGAUGGCCCUGGCGGUGGAGGCAGUGACGGCCGCGACGCCGUCUUUCCCGCGUCCACUGCCAUGUCAGAUCGCUCAAGUCAGGCGCGCCGGGCAUGGCAUGUCGUACGUGAUGCGCAUAGCAGCCCUUUGCAGGGCGCCAUCGGGGACCUUACCUUCCUCGGUGGCGGCGGUAGCGGUGGCGGCAACGUCGAGGGGGGAGCCGGAGGCGGCGCAACCGCCUGGGCCCCCUUGCGCAAUUACAUCAGUGUAGCUGACGCCAUGGGCGGAAGCAGCCAGAGCAAUGCGCUGGUUUCGGGGCCGCAUUCCGGUGCAUCUCCAAUGCAACAGCUGGUGGGCAGCAGUAGUACCUUCAUUAGUGAUGUGCGCGCGGAGCCUGCCGUACCACAGGCCGGAUCCGCGGAGUUUGCCGUCGGCGCGGCCGCUGCCAUCAGUGCAUCGGAACCACAGCGACAAAAAGAGAUGGCGGCGGCGGCGGCGGCAGCGGCGGCAGACGAUGUCAUCGGAAUGGUCUCGGAGCGUGGAGGAGUCGAGGGGGACGCGGGAGGCGUGCCGUCGGCGAGUGGAGCUGGCACGUCUGGCGGCUUCCCGGCCGCGGCUCCAAAUCCAGUCUUGACCAGCACGCACGAGGCGGAGACAGCUGGACAGGGUUUUGAUCUGGACGCGGCGUUGCUCAUGGCUUACGAGCUAGCUGCAGCGGCGGCGGCGGUCGCGGCGCCAUCGCCAGCAGGUGCUAAGGCGGCCGACGGUACCGCUGAUGCGGCACACCCUCGCGGCAGGGGUAACUGGGAAGAUACCGCAGGUCAAGACGCCGUCAUGCCCUGGGACGUGUGCGACAUGUCAAUCGGCAGUGUUGGCGGCGGCAUUGAGGAACUCCUGCCGUGCUACCUGGAUGAAGUUGCGGUGACGCCGUCAUUGGGUGCUGAAACCACCGGCGCCGCGUGUUCUGGGAAAGUUCGAAUUGUGCUUUCACCUGAGGCUGUAGCGACAGUGGCGGAGCUACAGCCAGAGCUGCUGGGCGCGAUGGAUACUGGGAGGGUCGCAGGGAGCAGCGCCCGUGGCGGUGGGGUUUCGGAGCUCGGGUUGCGUGUGGUGGUGGCCCAAAUCAGCGGCGGUGGCAACAGGGCCGGCAGUGGGAGCGCGUCGACGGAGGGAGCGGCGGCUGAGGAGGCUUCAGCCCUGCUGGAUAAGCCGCUGAAGCACGAGGCGAGCGAGACGGAGGAUACGGACCCCGGGCAGUUGGGUUCUAGCUACCACUACUGGCCGGCGGCGUAUCUGGACGUCGAGCUGCCCCGGAUGGUGGUGGACCAGCUGCUGGACACGAGGGCCCCUGGCGGUGUCGGCGCCGCGGCGGUCUUCGUACACCUGCUCGCCCCGAGGGUGGGCUACUCUGCGGAGGGGGAGGGCACCAGUGCCGCCGCCAGCGCAGACGCCCACAUCGCGCCGGAUGUUUCGGCGGCAGCGGAGCCGCAGCCCGGAUCACGGACCCGCGGGUCGGCCUUGCCUACGCUGCAGCAGCCGGGGCGGCAGGAGGAGCCGCAGGGGGGCCACAUCGCAGCGGCGCUUAGCGGGUCGGGGUCGGGAAUGAUCACCGGUGACGUUGCAGGCGCCAACGUGGGGUCGACAGGAACUCGCAGUCAGAACCGCGUCCUUGCGGCGCUGCCGCUGCUGCUCGUAACUGACAGCGCCGUAUCGGAGGAGCUCAGGGCGGCGUACGACGAACACGCCGCCGCCAUCUUCUACGACAGCGGCGCCACAGAUGAAGACCUGCAACCCCACCUGCCGUACAGCCCGUCCCGCCUGGCGGCGUUCCGCGACCAUAUGUACGACAUGGUCGCUGACCGCGGUAUGUGGGCCAGUGUGCGGCUGGUAGCGGAGGCCUUGCAGGAUCGCUGCGGAGUAGAGGUGGUGGGAGUGAAAGAGGUACUAAAAGCCGGCUGCGCUGCCCCCAUGACGCCCGCCAGUCUCCCGACGGCGGCGCAGCCUUCGGACAGCGGAGGCGCCGCUGCCCUUUCGGGUGCCGCUGGAGAAGAGAUGUUCCCUGCAUCACUACGCAUCGAGCGUCGCUGCAGCAGCAGCUGCAGCUGCAGCUGUGUUGGUGGUUCCGCUUUCGGCAGCUCCUCAAAGGACGCCGCUGGCGGUGGCGGCGACGCGACUCCUAGUGCUAACAUCACGGUCGAUGGCGAUCAGGUAUCUCGCCGCAGCUCGGUCAGCAGCUGGCUCGGCAGGCUGGCGGCGGCGGCGGCGGCAGCGGGAGUGGUGGCGUUCGCGGCGCGCAUGGCUUGGGUCCGGUCAUUCUCUGUUUCACGGUGUCGUUCGUUGCGGCUGCUGGCUAGCUGCUUCUGUACCGAGCAGCAGCUCCGUCUGCGUUCAGUUUCUGUGGCACCCUCGCGCCGUUCGGCACUGCUGUGGCUUGCUCUGCUGGUGCUGCUGCUGGAGGGGCAAUCGAGGACACAGUCGGUGAAACCCGUGCCAACGCCCUCAGAUUCGAACCCACCACCCAGACCACCCCUAGCCAAAUCGACAGCCUCCACUAUUUUGGGCUUUAUCCGCCCCGCGUCUGGUGCUGGAGAUUUGACCUCGAGACGGUCCCGAAGCUAUGCUGGCAGUGUAGCUUCUUCCAUCAUCGCCUCACCUGGCGCCCGGAGCACCACCAGCACGGAAACCGGCAUGCCAUGGGGCGACGUCAGCGGCGGCAGCGGCGGCGACGGUGGCCACAGACCGGCAUACGAUCGCUCCUAUGCCAACAGCCCCUCCAACUUCUACCACUAUCACGCCGCGCCGGCCACCACAGCUGCCUCCGCCGUCAGCGCGUCCCCGAGGUCGUUCACUCACCCAGGCGGUGGCGGCGGUGGCGACCAGGACUUCUGGGGGCGACGUUUCGGCGGUGGGACGCCGUACGCGCACUCGGAUGCGGCGGAGGCCCCUGCUGGCGGCGGCGGCCCCGGCGGCGGCCUCCUGGCUGCCUCCUCCCACAUGUCCGUCGGCGGCGCCAGCCCGGCGACAACGACCGGGCUACCUGAGACCCCGGGUCUGAGGUCCCCGGAGUGGUCGCCACGACGGAGGUCUCGAAGCUCCGGCUCCGCGCCGCCACUGCCGCCGCAGCUGCGGCCGGCGGCGUCUACGACACCAACCGCCUCGGCGGCGACGACUCGGCGGCCGCCGGUUCAACCUCAAGUCAGCGGACUCCAGGUCAAGGCCGAUGACCUCCAGGUGCUGCCGUACGCAUCGUACGGAAACGUUAUAGUUGACGGUACCGGCAUUGGCGGCAGAGUUGUGUCGACCUCAGUGAAGGCGGCCGCGAGGCCGAAGGCAGCGGAAGGGCUGGCGGUUUGGGUGCCCAUGGACGACGCAGAUGAGGAGGUAGACUUUGCAGAGGGUGAUGAAGGCGGUUGCGAGGCUCGGGAGAAUGGCGAUGCUGGCGGGCAGGAGUCCUCGGGACCUACCGUACCUCCGGCAGCCGUGGCGACGGCAGCGACGGUGCCUGUGGCGGUGGCUGCACUGCCAGUUCAGGUGCUGCCGGCGGCAUCCGAUGCCCGGGAGCUGUCACUGAUGUUUGGGUUGCUGAGGACGGUGCGCUGUGCCGUCAGCGCCGCGCUUGGAGAACCUCCUGCGACUGCAGAUAACACGGGCACCGAUAGCGCGAGGAAAGGAGGAAAUGCCAAUAACGUCGUUCCGCCAGCGGAGAGCACGGCUGAGCUGACAAGCACUGUGGCCGCCGCGCCUACUUGUGUCCUAAUGCUCGUACUUGCCGUACGGCUUUUCCGCGCUGCCGUGCGAUGGCCCGCCGUGGCGUCGCUGUGCGGUGCAGUGACGGCGGUGGUAGCGGCGUGGUUGGCGGCGGCGGCGUUGCUGUUGGCCUGCGUCCGCGCUGGCGGCCGCUGUGGUCAGCUUGCCUGGGGCUUUGUGGGCUGGUUACUUGUCGGUCGCUGUAGCAACGCACGGGCUGUGGUAGGGGCGUGA